UUAGUCACAAGCAUUUCAAAGCACAAGAGAAAGAUGGGCAAUUCUCUCAAGCAAUUUGCUCCCGGAAGUGAGGAAAAGAAGGCCAAAGAAAUUGGUCUCGUUAUAGAACAAUAUUUUCUUUCCCUUUCAGAUAACCCGCAGGUCGACUUAGCUGCCUUCUACCGGGCAAUAUGUGAAGCUGUCCAGGAAAUCAACGUAAAGCUCGGUUCCACACAAUUUCGUGUACCCCAGGUUAAGGCACUCCAGGACGCCUACCAUGCUCACCACAAAGACCAAGAGAAGAAGCCAUUGACGAAGGAUGAGUUUGAAAAAAUCUUCCGACAAGUGAUUACUCGUACAGGAUUUACGGGCAUCGGAGGAGCAAAGGAUACACUUCUCUACAUAUUUGGUGUCCCUGUAACUGCAUUCUUCAUCAAGCAACGAGUCAUUCCACGUGCAAUUCCUAACGAAAUUUUCAUCCCGGGAAUCACUUCUGCCACUGUCUUUAUUCUUGCCAAACUUAACAAGAUAUGAAUAUUAAAGAUUAUGUGAUCAUAUAUUCAAUUGUAUUAUGUACGUUAAUCACCAAUAUUGUGCAUGUAUUAUAUAGUGUACAACUUCUUCUUUUUUAA